AUGCUUCCUUUGACGAUUGUGUCGCCGAUUAUAUACGUGAUUAUAUCUCUGAUUGGGCUAAUUGGCAAUGGAAUGGUGGUAUAUAUUUUCUGGAACAAGCGGCGCGGAUCUGCAGUUGAUACGUUGGUCUUAAAUCUGGCGCUGGCCGAUUUCUUGUACUGCAUCUCGCUGCUCUUCAUGGCCCGUUCGCUCUCGAUGAACGGCGAAUGGGACCUGGGCGAGCUGCUUUGCAAACUCACUUCCUCCUGGACGAUCAUUUGCAUCUACGCCUCCGUUUGGCUGCUGGUCGCACUUUCCUUCGAUCGCUACUUCGCGGUGUGCAAUCCGGUACGCGCGCGCAACCUCAGGAGCCAGCGAAAUACCACAAGACUGGUCAUCUGCUGCUGGGUCCUCAGUUGUCUCCUCGCGCUGCCCACUUUUAUUUUCCGCUCUACCAAGCCGCAGAACUUUCACAUAGAACAAAUGAACAAAAGUGCAAGCAUAAAUUCUUCUGAAGUUGAAGAGGAGCCUUUAAAAUGCUCGUGGAGAUGGCCCGGGAGGUCAAUCGAAGUGGCCUUCUAUCUGCAGAAGUCGGUAUUCUCGUACAUCCUCCCUGUCCUGCUCAUUCUUCUUUGCUACGGAAACAUCAUCCAGACGCUUCAAAAUGUGACUUCGAUGACCUCCGCGCGGCGCGAAAAAAUCAACAAGACGAUUCUCAUCGUUGUCACCGCCUUUAUCAUUUCAUGGCUUCCGAAUCACGUGUUCAGCUUGUAUAUUAUCUGCAUUCCACACGAGAAAAUGAGCCAAAACAUCAACACUCUCUUGCUCAUUAAUUCCGUCACUCAAAUUCUAGCCAGCUCAAACGCCUCCAUGAACCCCUUUAUUUACGCAUUUUCGCGAAAAUCGGUGAAUGAAGAAAUGGUCCGGAUCAUGACACUGUUCUGCCGCCGACUGGCACCGGUGGACAACAGAAGGGCGCACAAACCACACAAAGAUGAAGUUUCAUCCGACCAGUCAACUCCCAUAGUCAAAGGUGGGGAGCAACAGAAAUGA